AUGCCUGCCCAACAUACGGUCCAUGCUGCGACCGCUGCUGCCGCGGCUCUUGGCUCGCCCAAACGCCAGGACCGCCACAAUGCCUCUGGAGUGCCCGAGGAGGUCUCUGCCGCCUACCAGGACUGGGAAACGUCCCACGGCAAGGCGCCCCCCGCCGGUUCUCGAAUCGAGACUCGAGACGCCGUCUACGUUGUCGAACAGGAGCCCCCGCGGGCCCAUCGACGUCAGCUGAGCGGCGGAUCCGGCUCACAGAGAGUGUCUCCCGCUGGCAACGCCAUUUCCAGCCACGUGCACAACGACUUUUCCGCCAUUGACAGAAAGAUUGCUUCUUCUCUGAGCCGUUCCGGCUCUAGACGAAGCCAGGGAUCCGCCGGCCGAACCGAAAAGGUCGAGUAUACCCCUGUUCCCACCCCAGGAUAUCCUGGAGUGCCAGUCAGCUAUGCUAAUUCACCACUACCCAACCCCCCCUCUCCCCAAGGUACAUCGUUCCGGCCCGAACCAGUAUAUGUGGAGGAAGAGACGGUUGUCACCGACAAUGUGCGGUAUGUGGACCCCGCAAUCAAGGGCUCUUCCAAGUCCUACUCGCCCACUCCUGCCCAAGAGCCCACCGCGACGUAUGGAGGAUACGCCUCGGACGUGCAGCAGAUUGGCAAGGACCGAUUCAAUGACACUCUGGUUGGAUCCACCAACUACUCGCAGCCCCAACAGCAGUCAGGAUAUGCCCAGCAGCAGUCAGGAUAUGCCCAGCAGCAGACUGGCUACUCCAACAACUCGCCUCACUCGCCCAGCUCGCCUUCGAGACUCGCCCAGUCUCACACUGCUCGAGCUCCUGCCCAGAGCGCUCAGACUGCCCAGACCGCCCAAUCUGUGCCUUCUCAGCAGCUUCCCGGAAACAUGCAGGAGGUGAACAUGCCUCUGAGUGCUUCCCACGCCUCUGCUGUCGGAACCCCUGCUAACAAGAACUCCAAUCGAGAUGCUGUUAUAGUCGAGACCGUGGACCAUCACCACCAUCACUAUGACAUUCCUCCCGGAGCCACUGGAGCCGGAGUUGCUGGUACUUCUGCUUCUGCUGCCCCUGCCACCAACGCCACUGGUGUCAUCCCCUCUCCCAGUGCUGCUGCUGGAACUGUUCCUUCUGCUGGUACCACCGGAACAGUCCCUGCCACCUCUGCCGCUACUGGAACUACACCCACCACCUCGGUGGGCGCCUCGCCCUCCACGUCCAAGAGAGAGUCCUGGGGUGGUAAGUUCAACAGUUUCAAAAAGGCCGACGCCGAGGAAAAGCCCGAAAAGUCCAAGUCUCUCAAGGGCUUCUUCUCUGGCCUCACCGGAAAGAAGUCCAAGGACAAGCUCGACAACGAGUCCAAGCGAUUGAGCAAGUCGUCUCCUCUGGCCUCGGAGAGAGCUUCUCCCUUGGCUGGACAGAACGAUGUUGGUAACGUUCUCUCUGGCGAUCUUCAUCCUAAUGAGGUGAAUGGAGCUGGCCUCGGAGCCGGCAGUGCUGGAGCUGCGGGAGUCGCCGGUGCUGCCGGUGGCCUUGGUUCCACUGGUGCUCCCACCUCCGGUCUCGGAUCGAGCACCGCUGCUUCCGGUCUCACUGGCUCCUCUGGCGUCGGCUCUUCCGGCCUCGGAGCUGCUGGAGCAUCUGCUGCCCUUGGAAACACCCAGGCCGGCUCUGCCCUUAACAAGGCUCAGGGUGUCGAGCAUCAGGCCCAGGGACUUCAGUCUCAGGCCCAGGGACUUCAGUCUCAGGCUCAGAACGCCCCCUCCAACCUCGAGUCUGCCGCCAAGUCCCGAGUUCAGGGAGCGGAGUCCGACCUCACCAACUCUGCCGCCUCCCACAUUCCUGGCAACAACGUGCCUGGUUUGGGAGCCUCUUCCGGCACCUCCAACAUCCCCGGUGUCGGUUCUGGCUCUGGCUCUGUUCCUGGAGGUUCAACCUUGCCUAACCUUGGUUCUGGAGCAGGCCAGGGCUCGUCUGGUGUUGGAUCUUCUGGUGCUGGAGCUGGUGCCGCUGGUCUUGCUGGUGCCGCUGGUGCCGCUGGUCUUGCUGGUUCCGGCCACAACCACCAAAACCACCAUCACCACCAAUCAUCUCCUACCCAGUCUACUGGAAAUGGAGCUGGAGCUGCUGGUGCAGGAGUUGUCGGUGCUGGUACUACCACUACUGGCUCGUCAUAUUCUCCUUCCGCGUCCACUGGAACCGGCUACUCUCCUUCUGCCGGAACUUCUGGUGCCACUGGAACUUCUGGCGCCACUGGAACUGGUUACUCCUCUUCUCCCUCUGCUUCCACUGGUUACGCGUCCCACUCCCCCAACCAGAAGACCACUUCUUCAGAGUACAAUGACACUCACCCUGGCUACGCCAACGGCCAGCCUGGUUACGGUAACGACCACGUGACUGGCUCCGGUUACUCUGCCUCUGCCAAGGCCCCUCUCUCUGAGUCUGGCGAACGUCACCUCGGCACCAUCUCCCCCUCUGGAUCGUUUGGCCCCAAAUCUGGCGGCCAGCCCUCCAUUGCUGGAGUUGCUGGAGGCAUCAACAAAGAGCACUCCAACCCUGUGUCUUCUUUCGACCCUGGUUCCACUCUUCCUGGUAGUGCUUUUGACGGUGAGACUGGACAUGGCCAAACUGGCCACUCUCACGGAGUCGGAGCUGCUGGCAUCGGAGCUGGUGCUGCCGGAGCUGCUGGCUUAGGCGCUUCGUCUGCUGGUGGACAUCUUCCCCAGUCUCACGGCACCCACAACCUGCAUUCCAAGGUCGAGGGUUUCGAGAAGACUGCUGAGAGGAAGGCCGAGGAGCUGGAGCACGGCUUUUCUAAGGACACUCACGGCCUAAGAUCCGAGCUCCAGAAGGGGGAGCAUGGUCUGGGCUCCGAGUUCGGAAAGGGCGAGCACGAGCUGUCCCGAGGCGGCCAUGGUAUUGAGUCUGGUCUAUCUCGAGGCGAGCAUGGCAUCGCCUCUGAUUUCUCCAAGGGCGAGCACGGCCUCACCUCCGGCCUGUCUCGAGGAGAGCACGGUAUCAGUUCUGAUUUCUCUCGAGGAGAACAGGGUCUCAAGUCAGACUUCUCCAACGUUAAGAACGACUUCUCUCCCCACGGACUCGAGCGUAAGGCUGAGCACCACGCCGAGAAGCAGGCUUUGAACAACGCUCUGGGAGGCAAGGAUAUUCCCGGAGGCGCAGCUCUUGGCGCCGGAGCUCUUGGAGCCGGUGGUAUUUCUGGCGCCGGAGUCAAGGACGGCCUUCGAAAUGAGGCCCAGAACCAGACUGUCGGCCGCGUUGACGGCUACAAGUCUGACGCUCUCGGCAAGGUCGAUGGUUUCAGGUCCGAUGCCGAGAAGAACACGGUUGGAAAGGUCGAUGGUUUCAAGGGUGACCUCGAUGGCAAGGCUCAGGGUCUUCGAGGUGAGGCUCUCGGAGGAGCAGCCCUUGGCGGUACAGGUCUGGGAGGUGUUGGCUCUGGUGUCGGUUCCGGAGUCGGCUCUCAUGGAGCUCAGACUGCUGGAAUCACUGGAUCGGGCGUUGGCCCUGGUGCCCAUGGAACUGGUGCUACCGGUACUUCCGGAGUUGCUGGAUCUGGUGUCACUGGCACUGGUGCUCCUGGUGUUGGCACUUCUGCCACUGGAACUGGCGUCUCCUCCACUGGCUCCCCCAACCUCGGUGGCUUCCGAGAGGACGCUGCUGCCGGUUCCGAGAUUCAGCCUGGCCACGCCCAUAUAAUGGACGGUCGACCCGAGGAGUUCGACCACCACACCUUUUCUGGCAAGACCAAGGCCGGUCUGGCGUCCGUGGUCGGCGCUAUUGGUCUAGGCAAGAACCACCACCACCACAACAAGAGCCCCACCCAGUCCCACGGCUUUGAUUCUGUCCGACAGGAGCGAGAACAGGCUGAGUCUGGAGGCCACAAGCACUUUGCUGGCGUCGGAGUUCUCGGUGACAAGGAACGACCUGUCUCUGGUUCUUAUCAGAGCGGUGCUGCUCCCCAGACUGGCUCUUCUUACCAGAGCGGUACUGCUCCCCAGACUGGCUCUUCUUACCAGAGUGGCGCUGUUCCUCAGACUGGAUCUUCGGUUCAGCCCGGUUCAUCUACUGUCCCUGGCAUCGGAGCUGCGUCUGGCCUGCCUGGAAACACCCCCGUGACUCACGAUCCAGCCUCUGGCAUCCCUCUUUCUGGCCAGACUGGAGCUAACGGACUUCCCGCCCAGCCCUCUUCACCUGUGCAAAGAUCUACCACCUCUGCCAACUCUCCUCCUUCGCCCUCCAUGGCCAAGAACUUUGAGCGGUCUAUUCGGUCUGGCCAGGCGGGUGUUGGCGUCGUUCCUGGUUCUCGAGCCCCCACCGAGGGCGAGCUUGAGCGAGCCAAGUACGGACCCGUGUCCACGGCCACCCACGGCGGUGAGCGAGGUGUUCACAUCGACGCUACUGGCUACAACAAGGACACUUCUGGAGUUGGUUCUGGAGUUGGUGCUGGAGUUGGUUCUUCCUCCGCCUCCUCCGACCCCUACUCUUCUGGUACCACUCGAGGCGUGACUACAAACAUUGGAGAGAGUCCCGCUGGCGUCAACUCGGGGGUGACCGGAAUUCCCUCUGGUGGAGCCGUGGCUGCCGCCGACACCGCAGUCGACGUGGUGACUAACGAGAUUCCUCAGACCGAGGCAGCUGGCCAGCACCUCAAGGAGCUUGGUAGCCCCGAGAACCCCGCCGUCAACCCUACCGGCGAGGUGCACACCAAGCUGCGAGCUGACGGCUUCCCCACCGAGGAGACUCCCCGGUACGCUCCCUCCAACCAGUUUGACGGCUUCACGGGAUCCACUCCUCUGGGCCAGAAUUAUGGUUCGGACUACACCGGAGAUAGUCAUAAUCUAAACUCUACUUCCCCCUAUCCCCAGCAUCAGAACCAGACGAUUGGAAUGCCGGAGGAGAACGCCAGAAACAUCAGCGCCCCCUACGAGAGCACCCAGGAGGGUCCUGGAGUAGCCGGACAGACCCCUGUGCACCGAGAGAUCUACACCGAGACCCGUGAACCGAUAAUUGGCUCUGGAUCGACCACGGCCGCCGUCAAGGGAGUGCCUCCUACUGAUGGAGUCAUUGCUGACGCUCACGCCCAAGUCACGUCUCUGGGCUCGUCAGUGGACGCUCACAAGACCACCGCCGUGUCUGGAGUCGACUCUUCCGGGCUGCGAAAGCGAGUGGACCACGUGGAGGUGACCAAGACCAGUGUCAUCAAGGAGACCCCUCCUCCUCCUCCUCUGCCUCACCUUGCCCCCCAGGACCAGAUCCAGUACUUUGACGCCGACUACGUCAUUGUCGUCAAGCCGCAGGGCGCCGAGAAGGAUCUGCACCACAUUGAGCAGCUCACUGGACUCCUUGCCGCGAACCACAUUGACACCAAGGUCCGAGACGGUCUCGGCAAUGAGCUGCUGGUCUUCCUCAAGUUCUCCGACAUUAUCAUUGACCGAGCCGCCUCCCACUCCCACGUCAACGACUUCCUGUACCACCUGCGAUCCGACAAUCCUCGAAACCUGAAGAAGGACUCGUUCGAGCAGCUGCGAGAGCACUCCAAAGAGUACAAGUCCAGUGAGCGACUUCGGCUGGUGCACCACUACCUGUCCGCUCCAGAGAUUGACGGCGGUCUGGGAAUUGACCCUUCUAACCCCAAGUUUGCCUACAUUGACGAGAUAUUCCCUCUUCAGGACCGAAAGAAGAACAAGCAGUACGCCGCUCUUCUGGGCUCCAAGUGGGUGGUGGAUGACGAGGACCUGGACGCCAUCAACGACCUCUACGGAGAGCAGGUGGCCUUCUACUUUGGUUUCUCCCAGUUCUACCUGCAGUGGCUGAUUGUGCCUUCCAUUGUCGGUGUUCUGGCCCACUUCCUGCUCCCCAGCUACUCCUUCUUCUACACUUUGGUAAUCCAGAUCUGGUCCAUUGUGUUUGUUCGGGCUUGGAGAAAGCGGGAGACCAACCUGGCCAUCCGAUUUGGAGCAACCAACGCAUCUGCCGUUGGUGAGCGACGAGCUUUCAUUGCCGAGGGUGCCAAGAUUGACAUGAUCUCUGACAUCAAGCGACCCUGGUACUCUCCCUCCAAGCGAGUUGCCAAGGAGCUGGCAUUCAUCCCGGUUGCGUUUACCCUUGCUGCUCUGCUGGUUGUUGGUCACACAAUAAUCUUUGCUUUUGAGAUCUACACCAGACAGAUCUACCAUGGUCCUUUCUCCGACUACGCCCCUCUCGUCCCCACGGCUCUUCUCGUCGUGUUCCUCGGUGUCUUCAAGGUCAUCUACGGCAUCAUUGCCAAGAAGAUGACCGACUGGGAGAACCACGAGUUCGAGGGUGUGUACACUCGAUCUCUGACCAUCAAGUUGUUUGUGGUUGACUUCCUGUCAUCCUACUUUGGUCUCUUCCUCACGGGCUUCAUCUACUUGCCGUUUGGACAGAACCUGGUUGGAUAUUUGAAUGUGUUCCAGGAGCUGAUCAACUUCCUGGUCGGUGACACCGUCGUUAAGCCUUUCACUGUUGACAGCUCUCGACUCUAUGAUCAGAUGAUCUACUUCCUUGGAACUGCUCAGGUGAUCAACUUUGUCCUUUCUCGAGCUCUUCCCAUUGUUAUUCGGUUUGCUCUGCCUGUCAUCAGCAAGAUUCGAGGUGUUGUCGUUGCUGCCCCUGUUGAACUUGCUCCCCAGGAAGAGCACUACAUGGACAUUGUUCGAGGCGAGCGAAGCAAGUCAGUAUACGACGUCACUAACGACUACCGAAGCACCAUCACCCAGUUUGGAUUUGUGGCUCUCUUUGGCCCCGUUUGGGCUCUGGGGCCUCUGUGUGCUCUCAUCCACAACUUUUUGUCUUUGCGAUCCGAGUUCCUCAAAAUCUCGGUCGACUUCCAGAGACCCACUCCUCGACGAGUGGAAAACAUCCAGCCUUGGGACGAUAUCCUCACCUUCAUCACCUGGCUGGGUUCUCUGUCCACCACUGCUCUUGUCGUUAUGCUGAGAUCUGUUCACUACGACAAUGAUGCUGCUGUGGCAUUCACCAAUGUGAGAUACGUGUCCGUCUCCCAGACUCUUGGUAUUGAUGGUACCUCUCUGGGAGUGGUCACAGUUGCCCCUUGGUUUGUUCUUGCUGCUGUUCUGUACGCCGAGCACCAGUACCUGUUUGUAUCUCGCCUGACUGACUUCAUUUUCAGCCAGUUUGACUCCCCCGAGGUCAUCACCGACAAGCGAUCGCGAUACCAGCUGCGAAAGGCUCUGUUGGCUGCCGAGGGCGGUUCCGAGAACGUCAAGGAUAUUGUCUUCAGUCUUUCUCCACGAGGUGGCCAGCCGCCCAGAGUGGACAUUCAGACUGUUGACGUGAUUCUCAAGAGACGACGGCAUCCUGCUGUGCCUAACACCAAGAAGGCUCAGUAG